GGCCGAUCUCAUUACUAGCGGUAGCCAUUCUGAGAUGGUGUUUUUCGCAGUUGCCUCCGCAAGAAAUACCGACGGUUUGAAUUAAAGAGAUCUUUGAAGCGAAAGUAUGGCCCCCUUUCCAGAGGAGGUUGAUGUAUUUACCGUACCACACUCCCGAAUGAAGCGGCUUGUCGAAGGCUACUCGGAAAAGUUGGGCUGCACAGACUUUUCGGACUACGAUGCACUGACGUCGCUCUUGGGUAGCCUUCACAAGACUUUCUGUGAAUUCAGAUGUCACGAACGAAUUGAAAAUCAAUUUAUAAUGAAGAAGCUAAAGAAGAAGCUUAAGGCACUUUCAAUUCAAGAUUCCGCAGUGUGCAACUGCCACAGCGACAAUCGUCUGUCCGACAUAUUAGCCCUCGUACGCGAUGGCUAUGCGUGUACAGACCAGUCCGAAAGAGUCCAUUAUGGCCAGAAACUUCAGCACGCCCUGGACGAGUUCACCGAAGUCUUUCUUCCUCACAUGAAGGAAGAGGAGGAGGUGUUUCAGCCAAUGCUGAUUCAGUACUUCGGGUAUGAAGAGCUUCGAUCUUUGAAAGAGCUUGUCAUUCGUGAGCACACCAAGUGGCUGGAGCAAUGCUUCAAGGAAAAAUGCUGCAGCGAAUUGGAGAAUGUUGAUCAGAAGGAAGAUGAAGACGUAGCUGCACAGGUGGCUGGGACGUGCUCGUUUGAAGAUAUGCCAGAAGAGCUGGUCUUGAAGGUCCUCGCAUAUUUGAACCCUCACGACCUACUCAAGAGCGGUGCCGUCUGUCGCCGCUGGUAUCAGCUCUCCAGGGAUCCGCUGCUCUGGAGGGACUUCCUUCCCGUCCAUUGGGCGAGAGGGGCUUGGAAUAAACCUCGUGAUCUACUACUGGAACCACCUCUGAGCGAACACAAAGGGAAGAGCCGCGAUGAGGACGCGGACUGGGAUGAGUCGAGCGGAACCAGCUCGGAGGACGAGGGCGAGUCAACGCCGGUCACCAACGAUUUUCAGCUUCUUCAGCGGGAGACCACUGUGUUGAACGCCUGCAUUCGACACCUGCUACCACGCAUCGGACAAGGAGUUCGGCGGAUUGUCUUGGCCACCUCCAAGCCGCUGAAUAACAGAAUGUUGCGUUCAAUCCUGCGUCAUUGCCCCCAUGUGCGCUACCUGGAUGUCUCCUACACACAGACAGGCGAUGCGGCUUUCAAAGGCCUACAAGAACAUGGAACCUGCUCGUCCCUCGAAUAUCUUGACCUGUCUGGAUGUCCCGGAUUCACCGAUGUCGGACUGGAAAGGUUGGGUCGUUGCCUGAUGCAGUUGCGCGAUGCCAGCACGCAUGAUGCGCACGAAGAGAACUCUCUGUGUCGGAGCAGCCUCAUUGCGAAACCCCUCUUGUGCGGAGUUCGCCGAUUCUGCAGCACGUGUCCGUAUCGAAGCCGCUGCGGAGGGGUCAUCUCAUUUUCGUCCGGUCAGCAGAAGACUUGCUCCGCGGAAGCUGCCAGCCCGGGACAGGUUGGGCUUAAGCAUCUGAACCUAUCAGGGUGCUUUCAAGUGACAGAUGAUGGACUUCUCUUCAUGGCAGACCAAGGUCUCCUGUCCAAGCUGGAAUACCUGGACGCUUCGGGAUGUUUCAGGCUUAGCGGUGAUGCACUGCGCGAGGCCAUACUGUGCGCGCCGAGGCUUUUACCCGAAAACCUCUUCUACUGUGACUAUGUCGAUGGCGGGCCUUACCACGAAUCUGCAAAUGGGUGCCAGAAUCUGCAGUGCUCCAUCAGGGCCUGUUGCUGUGUUGGACAAUGAGCCUCCCAGUGCAAUCCGAGACGUGUUCCGAGGGAUUUCCCUUUUAUGUAUAUACUCUUCACAGAUAGAAGCAGUGGUGCAUGAUGUGUAUUAGGCAACCACCAGUACUCACCACCCCAGUAAGAGUACCUUUCUGUGUAAUGUGUAGGCAACAGUGCACUUAUGCAGACCCGGCAAUGUGAGGGUGUCUCGGAGAUCCAGCUUACUUAGCUAGCGAUACGUGUUAGUUUGGUAAAGAGUACGACAUUGAGUCUGAGUUGUGUUUUCACUGCAGCUGCUUUUAAAGUGUUUCUGCAGCUGCAACAUCCUGCAGCUUCUGUAUCCUUGUUGCAGGUCUCACCUUCCCUAUUCCUACUUUAUCCACACGCAGUGUUCCCUCCCCAUUGCCUUACCCACAUGCUGCACCCACUUUGCCGUUCCUCAAUAUGUCCCGUUUCCACUCCUAAUUUUUAUUUUUAUUUUUUUUCUCGCCUAGCACCAACUUUCUGUGCAUGCUGCUCUCCUCCCCACUGUAGCUAAACAGUGUCUCCAUACAUUUGGUGCAUUCUUUUAGCUUCCGUAUUGUACAGGGUGUUUUGGCUAACACGUUAAAAAGUCGUAUUAAAAAAUUGACUCGUGUGAAUGUUAUGGGGUCUAUGCUAUUUAUCUGUAUUUUGCAAUUGACUUCUGAGCACUUUUAAAUUUGUGAGAAAGUGAGUUUUCCCAAUUGAACUCCAAAAUAUGCCAAGUCAACCUGACAUUUUUUUUACAGAAACAAAAGCACAUGCUGGAUUUAUCUCAUUCUGUUACAAAAUACAUUCACUGCUGCAACAGUAAUAGCUGAAAAAAAAUUGUGAAAGCUGUCUUUUUGAGGUGUACCAAUUGCCAGCCACACUUUGUAUCUCUGAAAGAAGCAAUGCAGGAGGCCAUGUACCCGACCUUUCCCUUUUCCAAGCUAAUGCUGAUACGUGUUUCUGUAAAAAAAAAGUGAGGUCGAGGUGGCAAAUUUCGGAGAUCAAUUGAGACAAUUCAAUUUUUUGCUAAAUAAAUUCGAUAAAAGUGCUCAGAAGUAAUGGCAAAAUCUUCCCCGGAAUAAAUAGUGUGGAUCCCAUAAUGUUCGGACAAGUAUAUUUUUAAUACGAUUUUUGAUCAUGUUAGGCGAAACACCCUGUGUAUUUUGAACCGGUGAAAAUACGGGGACCUUCCUGGUUCUCAUGAGCUGUGAAACAUGCGAACCUUUGGGUCAGGUUGUGGAGUUUUCCCCUUGCUGUAAAUUAGCUUACGUGCGUAUUUCUUUGUUCAGAUCGUUUUGUAGAGGCAUAUAUUUAUUUUCUUGGGGUAGACACCCAAGACCUUUCGUAAUUUGCUUAGCCUCAGCUUUAUGGGCUCGUCUGUACCUUUGGUCCACCUUUUUUUCCGCCUUUUAUCUGUCAUGUCUGAAGGCUGCCAGUCCUCUUUUAGCAUUUAAUGUGCUUAGUUUUCUGCUUUGAGUCUCGAUCUCGUUUAUUGCCCUCCUGACUUUCUCAAGUGGCUGUUGAAUAUUGCCUCAGACCUUUACUUCAAAGUGCCAUCUAUACAUGCUGGUGCCAAUGUGUCGAUAUUUUUGUUUCAAACUUGACUGGGACAUGGAGGCCGCUGGUUAUCGGAUGAUAAAAAUGCUAGAACCGCACUUCUUCUGUUUCUUUUUCAGUGCAGAGAAGUAUCUGAUAGGUUGCUGUUCUAUUCAGUGUUGCUUUGAGGUUCUUUUACACAUCUGACAUAAGACAUGUCAUUAAAUUAUCUACUUCAUUCAUUCUACUUCCCUAACCGUAUUGAACUGUGGUGAUCAGGGAUUGGAAAUAUUUGGGCAAAGAAUGUAGCAUUGCUGUAAUAUGCUAAUACAUUCUGUACUUACUAUCCUAACAAUAUCCUGUUACAAUAACAACUUGAUUGUUUGCAGACAUUUGCAACAUUCAGUUCAAGUCAGUAUUGGCAAGCAUGCCGAGAUAGUUUGAUGUCAUGUGCGGACCAUGCUGUGUGCAAUAUGUGCGUUAGAUCUACGUUCAUAUUCAGCAUGAGCUGCUUUCCUUGUGUGUACUGUUCCCUUGCAGGAGUUUCCUCACCUGAUACAUAUACUUCGAAUUUUUUCAUUGUAGUUUUUGUUAGAACAGAGUGUGGGAUGUUUGAAAGCAUAGCUUGCUUCUGCCCCGCACUUAGCCUGUAUAGCCUUAUAGGUCUCUCGGUCCAUUCUAUGGAUGUAACAUUCAUUCCAUAUUGUAACCAUCAUACUCUCAACACGAUGAUGUAAUCCUUUCUCUGACAACUUUCUUCUCUUUGUUGCAUUUGAAAUUAUGCUUGCCAAGGUAAUAACUUUCACAGUGACAAUCUAUUCAUUACGUCCUGGCCUUGGAGGCAUAAUAUCGCUUAACACUAUAUGUCGAGACACAUUCUGACAGUUUGUAGUUGAAAAUACGGGGUGUCCCGUUAAAAGCUUUACAGUUCUUUCUUCACCUCCUGGAAUGUCUAUGUUCAACAUUGACGACAUACGACAGUGAGAAUAGGAACAGAUUCUAGUUUUCUGCUUUUGAGUGGUGAAAGCACGAACGGACCAUUGUCUCAUGAUGCAACUAUGACAAGUUUUAUUUGUAGUCUAGACCUAUUCCUACGGGCAAUACCGCCUGGCAUCCCGCAAGAGGCUCAACUGAAUUCUCAUUAUUUUUACUGCUCUUUAUGUUCACAGUUAGUGCGGAAUUGGUCGCAACUCCAGUCAAAGCUCGCCAUGGCGGACAAUUUUUAGAUGGCGUUGUCCAUAUUCCCCUAUAUUUUGCCCAGUCAAAUCCAAGCAGAAAACGAGACUUUGUGGCUAGUGUGAACCAUCAAAAUAUAAAUAUAAAUACGAGAAACAACUUCGAAGUUUAUCACUGAACCGCUUGUACUUUACGCGGAGAUUAAUCCUAAUAAAUAUGCCGAUAUACCACGUGGAUUAAGAUAGCAUUGAGCCUUCACUAGUUCUGCUUCUCUCCUUGGACAUAGGACAUUUGGUGUUGCAGGGCUCCACCUUAAUCCUCCGUUCGUGGGCAGUGUCUGGAGAUGCACUGCAUCCAGUGGGGGCCGGCAGCUCUGUCUAUGUAUCCUAUAUGUAGAAUAGGUCCUUGUGAUCAAGAUAUUAGAAAUGUGUGUAAGAUUCAUAGUUUGCAGACAUCUUUUAUGGGAAAGCUGCAGAGAAGGAAUGUGUGUAUAAAUAUGGAAAGCCAGUUGGGACUGGCCUGUUGUGAUGAAGAUGACUGGUCAUAGAGAAGUGUUCUAUCAGUAUGAAAGCAAUGUACAUAGAAAAAUGCAUUUAUUCCAAAGCUCAGGAUAUUAAGUCUUAAGUUCUGUUGAGUAUAUUAUGUGCAGCAGUCCAUUUCUUCCUUUCUCUUUCUUUAUUUUGCACCUGUUCACGUGCUGAGAGGCACAUAUAUCUGUACUAGUGGUGUUUAGAAGUUCUACUUUGUUUUGAGGUUGUAAAGAAGUUUGUAUGCUUUCAGAAAUUAAAAUGUCCUCCAGGAACAGUA